GAGGGGCCCCGGGGGCGGUGGGGGCUCCCAGUGGGGGUAGCGGUGGGGCAGGAGGGCCUGGACAUGGCGCUGAGGGGCCGCCCCCCGGGAAGAUGAAUAAGGGCUGGCUGGAGCUGGAGAGCGACCCAGGCCUCUUCACCCUGCUCGUGGAAGAUUUCGGUGUCAAAGGGGUGCAAGUGGAGGAGAUCUAUGACCUUCAGAGCAAAUGUCAGGGCCCUGUAUAUGGAUUUAUCUUCCUGUUCAAAUGGAUCGAAGAGCGCCAGUCCCGGCGAAAGGUCUCUACCUUGGUGGAUGAUACGUCCAUGAUUGAUGAUGAUAUUGUGAAUAACAUGUUCUUUGCCCACCAGCUGAUACCCAACUCUUGUGCCACUCAUGCCUUGCUGAGCGUGCUCCUGAACCGCAGCACCAUGGACCUGGGACCCACCCUGAGUCUCAUGAAGGACUUCACCAAGGGCUUCAGCCCUGAGAGCAAAGGAUAUGCGAUUGGCAAUGCCCCGGAGUUGGCCAAGGCACAUAAUAGCCAUGCCAGGCCCGAGCCACGCCACCUCCCUGAGAAGCAGAAUGGCCUUAGUGCAGUGCGGACCAUGGAGGCGUUCCACUUUAUCAGCUAUGUGCCUAUCACAGGCCGGCUCUUUGAGCUGGAUGGGCUGAAGGUCUACCCCAUUGACCAUGGGCCCUGGGGGGAGGACGAGGAGUGGACAGACAAGUCCCGGCGGGUCAUCAUGGAGCGUAUCGGCCUCGCCACUGCAGGAGAGCCCUACCACGACAUCCGCUUCAACCUGAUGGCAGUGGUGCCCGACCGCAGGAUCAAGUAUGAGGCCAGGAUGCACGUGCUGAAGGUGAACCGUCAGACAGUACUAGAGGCUCUGCAGCAGCUGAUAAGAGUAACACAGCCAGAGCUGAUUUAGACCCACAAGUCUCAAGAGUCACAGCUGCCUGAGGAGUCCAAGUCAGCCAGCAACAAGUCCCCGCUGGUGCUGGAAGCAAACAGGGCCCCUGCAGCCUCUGAGGGCACCCACACAGAUGGUGCAGAGGAGGCAGCUGGUUCAUGCGCACAAGCCCCAUCCCACAGCCCUCCCAACAAACCCAAGCUGGUAGUGAAGCCUCCAGGCAGCAGCCUCAAUGGGGUUCCCCCCAACCCCACUCCCAUUGUCCAGCGGCUGCCAGCCUUUCUAGACAAUCACAAUUAUGCCAAGUCCCCCAUGCAGGAGGAAGAAGACCUGGCGGCAGGUGUGGGCUACGGCCGAGUUCCAGUCCGCCCACCCCAGCAGUACUCAGAUGACGAGGAUGACUAUGAGGAUGAUGAGGAGGAUGACGUGCAGAACACCAACUCUGCCCUUAGGUAUAAGGGGAAGGGAACAGGGAAGCCAGGGGCAUUGAGCGGUUCUGCUGAUGGGCAACUGUCAGUGCUGCAGCCCAACACCAUCAACGUCUUGGCUGAGAAGCUCAAAGAGUCCCAGAAGGACCUCUCAGUUCCUCUGUCCAUCAAGACUAGCAGCGGGGCUGGGAGUAGCUGUCCAGCUGUGGCAGUGCCCACACACUCGCAGCCCUCACCCACCCCCAGCAAUGAGAGUACGGACACGGCCUCUGAGAUCGGCAGUGCUUUCAACUCGCCACUGCGCUCGCCCAUCCGCUCGGCCAACCGGACGCGGCCCUCCAGCCCUGUCACCUCCUACAUCUCCAAGGUGCUUUUUGGAGAGGAUGACAGCCUGCUGCGUGUUGACUGCAUACACUACAACCGUGCUGUCCGUGAUCUGGGUCCUGUCAUCAGCACAGGCCUGCUGCACCUGGCUGAGGAUGGGGUGCUGAGUCACCUGGCGCUGACAGAGGGUAGGAAGGUUUCCUCGCCCUCCGUCAGACCAAUCCAAGGCAGCCAGGGGUCCAGCAGCCCAGUGGAGAAGGAGGUCAUGGAAGCCACGGACAGCAGAGAGAAGACGGGGAUGGAGCUGCUGGCACUGCUAAAGUGUGUGGAGGCUGAGAUUGCAAACUAUGAGGCAUGCCUCAAGGAAGAGAUAGAGAAGAGGAAGAAGUUCAAGACUGAUGACCAGAGAAGGACCCACAACUAUGAUGAGUUCAUCUGCACCUUUAUCUCCACGCUGGCUCAGGAAGGCAUGCUGGCCAACCUAGUGGAGCAGAACAUCUCUGUGCGGCGGCGCCAAGGGGUCAGCAUCGGCCGGCUCCACAAGCAGCGGAAGCCUGACCGGCGGAAACGCUCUCGCCCCUACAAGGCCAAGCGCCAGUGAGGACUGCUGGCCCUGACUCUGCAGCCCACUCUUGCCGUGUGGCCCUCACCAGGGUCCUUCCCUGCCUCACUUCCCCUUUUCCCAGUAUUACUGAAUAGUCCCAGCCAGAGAGUCCAGGCCCUGGGAAUGGGAGGAACCAG